CAGAGCAGAGCCCUUCAGAGAAACUGCCUGUUCUGCAUCAUACAGACUGUAACAUAUAAAAGCUCUUAGCAGAUCCUGUGGCCAGAAGCUUCAAAACCAGCAGGGCUCGAUUCUUUGGGGGUUAGUAGUAAGAGACACUCCUUCACCAAGGUGCAUACACCCCGUAGGAGAGUGGGGUGAACACACGGGGAGAACAAUAGCCUGUGUUCUUUUUUGGUAUUAUCCAGAGAUCUGUUUUCCACUGUCCUGACUUAAAGCUGAACACCUCGGUGGCCAUUCUUCUUUGGCCCCAAAAUGACAGUAAUCCCUGCAAUCAGUUGUGCUUUCUUAUUUUCCAUUCUCUGUAAAACAAGUGCAGUAGCAUUACCCAACUCCACUGAGCUACUCCUGUCAAACAGUAAUUUCACUGACAUUGAGACGGCUUUGGCAGCUCAUCUGGACUCUGCAAAAAUUCCCAAAGUCAGGCGGAAGCGAUACAUUUCACAGAAUGACAUGAUUGCUAUUCUUGAUUACCAUAAUCAAGUUAGAGGCAAAGUCUUCCCACCUGCUUCCAACAUGGAAUACAUGGUUUGGGAUGAAACUCUUGCCAAGUCUGCAGAAGCUUGGGCUGCUACGUGCAUUUGGGACCAUGGACCUUCCUAUUUACUGAGAUUCUUAGGCCAAAAUCUGUCCGUAAGAACUGGAAGAUAUCGAUCCAUCCUUCAGCUGGUAAAGCCAUGGUAUGAUGAAGUGAAGGACUAUGCUUUCCCUUAUCCUCAGGACUGCAACCCCAGGUGUCCCCUGCGGUGCUACGGACCCAUGUGCACACAUUACACACAGAUGGUUUGGGCCACUUCCAAUCGUAUAGGCUGCGCAAUCCACACAUGCCACAAUAUGAACGUCUGGGGAUCGGUUUGGCGACAAGCUGUUUACUUGGUAUGCAACUAUGCCCCAAAGGGGAACUGGAUUGGAGAAGCACCAUAUAAAGUAGGGGUCCCAUGUUCUGCUUGCCCUCCAAGUUAUGGAGGCUCUUGUACCAACAAUCUUUGCUUCCCAGGAGUAACAUCUAACUACUUAUAUUGGUUUAAAUAAGUUAACAUGUUUACAUUUUUUAAUGGCUAAAUAACAAGAAGCUUGUAUAUUGAAUUUUGCACAUAUUAUAUAUAGAGAGAUAUUGUAAUAAUACCCCGAUGUUUCCUUUUUGUAUGCUUUGUAUAAUUAGCUUUCAAAGUAUAAUAUGAAUUUGUUUUUAACACUUCAGAAUUAAUGGAUCACACUAACCAUUUUAGACUGACAUCUUGUAAAGAACAGAAAACUAAUUUUCACCUUAACAAGUGUACCUUCUUGAGAUUCUACUAAAAGCAUAUUAAGAGGUGUGUCAAUUUAUAUCUAAAGCAUGACUUCCCAUUUAAAAAGAUAGAUCUAGAAAGAAGAGGGUCAUUGUUUCGAUGCUGUGCUUUCCAAUGGUGCGUACCAUGCAAGCGCACCAAACUGUCCCCCACUAUCAGGAUUGCUCCCGUUUACAGCUGUGCUUUCAUCUGCAAUGCCAACAGGACUUGGAGAAGAGCAAAACAUACAUGCAAGAGAAACUGUAGGAUAUUACCUACCUCAUGCACAACCGUAAUUAAUUUACAGCAUUUCAGGAAUUCAGCACAUGGCUGCUGCUAUCAUCAGCAAAGCCUGUGUGCAAUGGGAAGAACAGAGAGAAUAAGGAACCACACUGGCCAACAUACUAACUCACGAGCCUGAAGUCUUAUC